GUUGCUCUACGGCGAGGGAAACGGUGCUAAAAACACUCGAAUUCAGCGAGGUUUUCUUUGGUUUCUCUUUACAUCUGGAGAUACCACCAUGGCCUCCCUGUAAAGCGAUGUGGUAAGUUAGCUACCUACCAUCCCGUGAACAGAUCAGCCACAGUGAUUAGCUAUCUGAAGAACAGUCAGCCUUGUCAACCCUUAGAUAUGGCAUCCACAAGCAACCCCUCUUUGUUGCCUCAAAAGAACAUCAAGCAAGAGAUUAUUGUAGUCUUCGAACCCCCGGCCAGAGAAAUGGCAUCCUCGAGUAGCCACUCCUCGGUGCCUCAACCUGAGACAAGCCAAGAGAUUAAUGUGGUCCCUGUAUCCCCAGUUAAAGAUAUGCCAUCGACAAGCAACCCCUCAUCCGGACACGAGACUGGCCAAGAGAAUGACAUGGUCCCAGACUCUACAGGCAUCGAACUGUCCAAGGAUGAUCUCAAGGCUGGCGGCGGGAAGGUAGGAAGCAGCUCCAAGAAGAAGAGUGGGUGUGAGAAGGACAGCGAUGAGUACAAGCGGCGUAGGGAGCGCAAUAAUGAAGCUGUGCGGAAGAGUCGCCAGAAGAGCCGGCAGAAGGCCUCCGAGACGGAGGUACGGGUGACAGAGCUGAAGAAGGAGAACGCAGACCUGGAGCAGAGGGUCACGCUGCUCCACAAGGAGCUGGAACUGCUUAAGGACCUGUUCCUGACUCAUGCUAAUGAGCUCCCAGAUCCUAGCACCACUUUUGGGCUGUUCAAUGCCAACCCAAGGUUGGGGUCCAGUUCUCCUAACCCAGCUCUGUCGCGGCGCAUUGUCCUCAAAACUGAAUCUCUCACUGUGUCCUUGACCUGUAGGAAUGUCCCAGAGAGUAUCACUACUACAACAUGACGUGCAUUUGACCUUUGCCAACAAGGUGUUCAAUUGUGUGUGUAUAAAAGUUAGAGAUUAUGUUGAGUGCUGGUGUUAGUAUUACCUUUGGAAAGAAAAUAUCUAGAAGCAUUUCUCAAAAAUGAUUAUGUAGGGAAAAGCAACUUAUGUAGUAUUAGGUUUUGGAACCAUGCAAAUUAUUACAAUAUGACUACGGUACAUCUUGCAGAAAAUCACAUACCGGUACUCUGAAAAUCAUUGCACACAAAAACUCGCUCGAGACUACAAAAAAAUAGCUGAAAUGUUUUGUUUGAGCCUGCUUAAAAGGGGAGAAAUUGAAAAAUGCAAUUGAUUUUAAUAAAUAACAGGAAAACAACUUUUGAACAUCUUCUUGGCACAUCUGUUGCUGAGUGACAUUGUUAUUGGUCAUGUAAUGAAAUUAAUUUUAGAAUUAUUGGUGACUGAUUUUCUUCUGUCUGAAAAAUAUUGUUUGAUACUUGAUAGUGGCCCAGAAAGCUAACAACUCAAAUGAGAGCUAAAUCAAGUUUAUGCAUUUUUUCUAUAGACUCUAUGACUUGCAAGAAAUGAUAGACUUGGUAGUCGUGCAAUUAUAAUCAUUAGCUGCAAAAUCUCUCAAUCAUUGCCGUUUUCAUUUAUUCUGUUAUUGAAAAACGUUAAAGCUUGGUAUGUAUAUAGAGUAAAAAGUAAGAUUUAUAUCUGGAAAAGACUGAAUGUUAUCAGAUUCCAACACUUCAAAGGUGUAUUGAUACAGAAAACUUUCAUCAGUUGGGGAUAAUGAUAACAUGUAGUUUUUAAGCCUCUACCAACCUUAGCUUUUAAGCCUCUACCACCUUAGCUUUCAUCCACUCCUGUGGACUUUCUCAAGCUAAGUGAUCAGUCUGAGUCACACGUAUGCUUCGCUGCACACUGCUUGGUGUCCUGCAUUGUUUUGAAUUUGGAAUGUCUAUCGCAAUUUUUCAUGAAUGUUUCCAACAAUCAAUUGAACCACACUAAUAAAUAUCGUAAUCUUCUGUGUUUCAGAAGUAAAUAUCUAAUCUCAUUUUAGUAAGAAUAAGUGUUCAUUAUUCAAGGGGGAGAUUUUUGUCAGGAUUUGAAAUUGAAUUAGCCUAUAUAGAUGUACAUACUUAUAUGCGAUGAUGCAUACAUACAGAGACGAUUUAUGAAAACAAUCAAUGCAAAAACUGAUGAUGUUGUUUGUACAAAGUAAACUGUGAAUAAGAAAGUGUUAACCAAUGACGUGCUAUAUAUAUGUAAAUAAAUAAUGAUCUGCAUUGAUUGGUUCUCUUGAAAGUCACCUGCUACACAUGUACCGGUUGAAUAAUGUGUGUAUUAUAUAUCCUAGGCAUAUCACAGUUGCAUUCUCUUUACUACUGUAGGUUUAUUCUUGGUAUUUCGUUGUUUGCUAAAGUAAAGUUCGUACAUUGAAGUAAAGUUUGCAUAGAGCCAUAAUGUCAUUAGCUCUGUGUAAAGUCUGUAAAGGGAAAAAAAGUUUUAACUCUCUUGUUGCUCUAAGCAAACAAUUAACAAUAUAUUUACAUAUCAGUAGGCAGUUUAUUGUGCUUUCUGAAAAUUAAAGGAAUAUGUGGAACUGGAAGAUAAUAUAACAGUUUCUUUAUAUUGUUAAGUGGAGUAUUAGGCAGAAAUUUUCAUUUUCGGAGAAACUAGUCAAAUCCAUCAACAUUGCAAAGCUGUAUGAAUGUGAAUUACGGUAGUUGUAUUUUAUCACAGCAUCAGACACGUAAUAACUUUUUUUACUGAAUGAUAAAAAUAUGAGCAAUUGUAUUUCCAAUUCUUCAUUUGUUGUCGAUGAUUAAAUGGUAGUCAUACUCAUAUCUAGAGUUUGCUCACAAAACAUGGUGUGCUCAAAUAAAUCUUCAUUUGUACAGGUUUCCAACCUUCAUACAGGGCCCCACACUAACUUUGUUGGAAGGGACACUAACUUGAAAGUCCUGGAUUCAAAACCAAUGAGAGUUGUGACCAUCCUUGAGCAUGAUUUUUCCCAAACUUAGGCCAUAUUUAUGUAAAUAGAACAUGUGUAUUCUUUUUGAAAUUCCUUUUGAAAACCUGUACACAUGAGGGCUGCAGAGUGGUUGAUUUCAUAUUCACAUUCUCAUCAAAAUUUUAUGUUUAGGAGUAUGUUUAUAACAACAACAAAAAGAUGUUCUUUGAAGGCUAUCAAAAGACUAAUUCAGAUUAAUAUUUUGAAACAGUUUAUCUAUGAUUUUAGAAGUGAUUUAUUUUAAAAAGGAGGGAAACACAGGUUUCUCCAAGAUGCUUGAUGAAUCUUGCAAACUCUUUAGUUUUUCUGUAUACAGAUAUUGUCAUUUGUUGCUCAUUGCUACUUAAUUUAAUUUAUUUUAUAUAGUAGUUAUUCAUCGAUGAAUACAAGAUAAGCUGUAGUAUUCUGUAUUUGAAGCUAUUCAUAACCUUUCAUUAUGUACUGUACUUGUUAUUUGAUCAUUGUUGUUUAUUUUUUCAUGUUCAAUUUUGCACUGUAAAAAAAGUGAAAUUGUAUACAAAAUUAAUGAAUUGUCAGUCGUUCAUGAAUGGUGGAAUUCACUGCUUAUCAUAUUCAUAUAUUCUUUCAAUUGCUUAGUCUUUGUAUACUUUUUUGUUAACUUGUCUAUUCAUAUCCCCUUUAUUACAUUGUGAUUAUAUACUGGCCCAAACAAAGUGUGCUUGCCCAACUUCUACAGUGGAAACAUUAUAAUUAUACAAAUAAAAUUGCAAUCCACAAAUGACAUGAGAUUUAUGAUAUUGGAAGAGUUUUUUCAUAUGAAAGAUUUCCGUUCAUCUGAUUUAUAAUUCGAUUUUUUUUUGCCACUUCCCUGUAGAAAAUAAUAUAAAUAGAAAAUGUCAAACUUGAGGAAAUAGAUGAUUGUGUCAGCCCAACUCUUGCAGUUGAUUGCCCAAGUGGGUGAUAUCUUGUUAUUUUGAAAAUAUUUUUUGUGUGUAAAAUUUGCCAGAUUUUAGUUUGCUCAUCAAAUAUAAAGGCAUUUGUUUAUCCAUUAUUUAUCUUGUUUCUAACAGUAUACAGGCAAGGAAAUAGAUACAUUGAUUUUGUUUUAAAUGUUUUCCAAACUAGCUGAAUAAGAUCCAAAUGAUCAUUUAGGACUUUAUUAUUAUAUGAGCCAAAUUACAUCAAGAUGUGUAUAAUAUGAGCCUGAAUUGAAAUCGAUUUAUGCUCUAUUGUUAGUGCUGUAUAUUAUGAUACCUAAGGUAUAAGGCUUUAGAAAAAAUAGUUGUUGUAUUGCCCUUUGCGACGGAUCCAAAAGUUUUAAAAUCUAUGAUCAGCUUUUUAUAAUUUUUUUUUUUAUCCGUUUUUUUCGAAGAAAAAAAUGUUUAAUGCAUCAAAAAAUAUGUAUCAAAGCAUUAAACCUGAAAAAUAUCAGCCCAAAGAGGGAAGAAAAAAAAACACCCAAAAAUAUAUAUAGGUAAAUAUUAGGUGCUGGCACCUAAAGGGCAAUACAACAACAUUUUUAUAAAGGCCUAAUACUAACUAAAGUAUUGCAUACAGUUUCAGGUAAAUGCUAUUUUAGAUUUGGUGCACUCAUUAUAAAGAGUAAAAUGUUUACAAUCAAACUUAGGCCUGUACCCUGAAAACAUACAAGGUAUAUUUAGCUUAAUUAUGAAAAUGUUUGCUUUUCACAAUGUAGGUUCUAAUUUUGAUUUAUAUUCUGUACAUGAACAUAGCUGUAAAUAAAGUGGAAGAAACAUUAUGUAUC